CAAUAAUGGUGUCUUUAGAUUUUCCAAAGCAGUUGCAUCGGUUAUCUGAAACGACAUUCGCGUUUUCUUUCGUUAUUCUGUCUUUUUGUGUCUGUAGUGGAUCUGUACACAAAGAGGUGGAGCUGUCCAGAGAUGUACCCCGCGCCCUGAGGCACUCUUCGAGUGGAAACGCUUAUUACCCGUUCUUCGCGAACGAAAGCGUAGUUUCUCGUGUCUACCGAAGCAAAGCAGACUUGAUCUACAACGUUGGAGAUAUUCCACAGCAGGAUCUCCAGGCCAGGCCUUUGUUUCGAGAUGCUGGGCCCGACAGCUGUCCGUCUGACGUUCCUUGCAACAGACUCAAGGCCGAGUGUCUUGCGUGCAAGUUCAACUACUCUUGCGUCUAUGGCGAGGAAGUCACAGUUAUGUGCCAGCCCAAGCAGGGAAUCAAGUGCAUUGACAAGUCUGGUGCCUUUGAGCGCAAGAUGAUCUGCCGCUACUGCUAUCAAACGGCAAGUAGUGACCACAUCUGCGACCACAAUAGCACUUGCCAGGUGAACAGUGCUCCUCGCCAGCGCUACAUCGCAACAUGCAAUGUGCGACCUGAUGUUCUCUGUCUGGGUAGGAGGCAGUUUCACAAAAACUUGCUGUGCAAUUGGACCAGGGGCUAUAGUUGGUGGACGGCUUUAGUUCUCAGCAUUGUGCUUGGUGGUUUUGGAGCCGACCGGUUCUACCUGGGAAUGUGGCAAGAGGGCAUUGGCAAGCUCUUCAGCUUUGGUGGACUUGGUGUCUGGACGCUGGUCGACGUUGUCCUCGUAGCUGCUGGCUACUUGGGACCAGCCGAUGGUUCCCUGUACAUUUCUUAAUAGGGGCGGUCUAGUCGGUUGCAGGAUUCAUUAACAGCGCACUCAGACCUGGUGUGCUUAAACAAGCUGCAGUUGUGCCAAAAGGCCCAGAAGUAGUGUUACAGCGUGAAAGCGUGCGCCCUCUCGUCAUCCCCACAUCUCCAUCAACCUCCCAGCGAUAUCGCGCAAAACACAACACAGGAUUCUUGGGUGCCUACAUUAGGGCCUAGUUUCUUGGAAAAGCAUGUGCAACAAGAUCUGGGGCAAAAAGGCCAGGCUUGCUUCCUGUCCUGAGUUGGCAGAUCCUACACCGGUUCAAUCUCCAAAAGUCCACAACAUCGUUCCUGAACCAUCUCCAUUACGUGUCACUCAUCUUUAUUACCAGACAUCCUUUUUGGUUGGGUGAAGACUGAGUAUAAGAUCUAAUUUUUUUGCUUGCUGAAUGCAGACUGGCAGUUUGCGCACUGCUGACGGGAAGGUACAGGGACUCUGCAGUGUAGCUUAGAAAAGGAGCCGAUCUGGGAGAUGAACUACUGUCACAUUUGUGUUCAUCGUGGAAAGGUGCUGGGGAAGCUUAUAGCUCAGUGCUGAUGAGCUUCGAGUAAAGCAUUAUCAGAAGCAGUGUCAUCAUGGCUUGCAUUUGGACGUUUCCUCUGUCUGUGCUCUGGAUGCCUCGUCGCUUUCUAUGUAUGCCGAUUCAUCAAUCUGACAGAUAAGAUAGUUUAAGAAACAGGUAGCCAAAAUAUCCAGUUUGCACUGAGCACACAGCCUAUGAGAUAAGAGAAAAAGAUUAAUCUUUCUUAGGCCUGGACAUGCCGGCAUGUACUUUAUUCUGAUCUUCAGCCUGUUGCAAUAUACUAUAUGCAGACAAAAAAGCUCUGUGGAGAUAAAGUGCGCAAGUUUUUUUUCCAUACGUCCUGUUCAGUUGUCUCUGCUCUAGGCAUGACUAACCAGCUCAAAUAUUUAUGCUUCUUUGUUGUGCUGUAUCUUUUCACUGGCUGUUGUAGCGUACUCCCGGGCAAUUCACCGUUAUUGCACAAUCAAAAACUGGCUUCACAUAUUUUCUGCCAGGUCUAAUAAUUCAGAGCGUACAGUUUCUUGGCUGAGACUUUCUGGGCCACAGAAUAGUGUGAUAACAUCACUGCGGGAAACAAAUAAAUUAGCACCUCGAGCCAUGCUCCAAUACAGUAGACCCUCACAAAACGGAACGUGAAGGAACAGUAAAAAUAUAUUACAAUAAACAGGAGUUUCGUUCACUGAGAGAUGGACAGGGGUGCAGAGAACAGCUACGAACCCAAUCAUAUCAAAGGCAGUUUUUCCAUUCAAGCAGCAGUUUCAUUUAAAACAGAUUUGUGUUUACUGAGAGUCUACUGUAUGCGGUUACACAUAGAUGUUACACAAAGCUUACAAUGCAGCUCCAGGAAUGCUUUCUAUGAGUUAUGUAAACCGUGUGUAAAAAUGUUGGAUGCGAGGGGAACGCCACUUCUCUCUGAUUUAUGGCAAACUUCUGUUUCUCAUACGCCACCAACUUAGUGCCAGUAAAUAGUAGGUUGUACUGGAUUAGGGGUAGUGGAGUGAGGGCACACUCCCUGCCUAGUCUGCUUUCAUUGAUGCCUGAAAAUGGCACUACUGCGACAUUUACCUGGCCAUAGUGAGUAGACUAAGCUAGAGGUGCAAGUGCAAAGGGUGCACUGCACCCUUUGCACUUUUGUAAGUAAACAGACGCACCUCAGAUGAAGGGGUCGUAAAACGAAAAUUAAGCUUCCCGUUUGCAAUUUUCCCUGCUUCAAUAAGGAUUAGACAUGCCUAAUCCUAAUGAUGCUUAGCCACAUUUUAAGUAUGCAAUGUCAUUAUUAUGUUACAUCUCAGUAGGAAAUUGUUUCCAUGUCUUUCUGCGAUGCGACGUAUGUGCAAAGAGUUGUGGGUGAAUUGCUGGGAUUUCAGUGAGACGACUGCUUUGUCGAGGUGGAAAUGUGGCAGAGUAAAUGUAAAUAGUGUAUAGAAAGGCUUGUAUUAUUGUUUUGAAAGUAAACUGUUCUAACUGUUG